AAGCGGCAGAGAGGCUCGUACACCGAGAGAGAACGGUGGACUCCAUUGCUGUUCGGAGUGCGUUUCUCGUCGGCCGUGUCGUAUUGCGUGUCUGUCCGCGCUUUCGUGCACACAAGUUUUACUUUCCACGUUGGCCCAGAGAGAGAUUGUGAAUAGUAUCCUUUGUGUUCAGUGCCUAAACCGAUAUUUCAAAUCGUCGAGCGUACUGAGAUAUAAAAGAACCGAGCCAAAAUGGCUGAUCAACUCACAGAGGAGCAAAUUGCAGAAUUUAAGGAAGCAUUUUCGCUAUUUGAUAAGGAUGGGGAUGGUACUAUCACAACCAAAGAGUUGGGUACAGUUAUGCGAUCGCUAGGACAAAAUCCUACAGAAGCUGAGCUUCAGGAUAUGAUCAAUGAAGUGGAUGCAGAUGGUAAUGGCACAAUCGAUUUUCCGGAGUUCUUAACUAUGAUGGCUCGCAAAAUGAAGGAUACUGACAGUGAGGAGGAAAUUAGGGAGGCCUUCAGAGUAUUUGAUAAGGAUGGAAAUGGUUUCAUAUCUGCAGCGGAACUCAGACAUGUUAUGACAAAUCUUGGCGAGAAACUCACUGAUGAGGAAGUUGAUGAAAUGAUUCGGGAGGCUGACAUUGAUGGUGAUGGCCAAGUUAAUUAUGAAGAAUUCGUCACAAUGAUGACAUCAAAGUGAAUGCAACCUGUGUAAUGGAAAAACUUGCAACUUGGAGUGGUGUUGACGUAUUAAAAUAAAUCAAGAAACAAAGAAAAAUAUAAUGUUAACAAAAACGAAUCGACCAGAAAGUGAAAAAAAUCUUGUAUCUGGACGCAAAGAUGUCUUUAAAACGCGAAAAGUCAACGUCCAACACGCGUUAAUCAUCAUUAACGAUAAGUAAUACAGGGCAAUUGUUUAAUUAAAGAGUUAUACCACUAAAAAUCAUUAUCUCUAAAUACACAAAAUACUUAACUACACGCAACAUAAACAUAAAAAUACAUAUUACACACACACAUAAACGAAUACAAAAAAUAUGCAGUACACACAUAAACACAUCUAUACAUAAAAGAUGAUUUAUUUCCGUAUAAAAAAUAUAAUUAUAUAUAUAUAUAAAAAUGUUAGAUAUAUAUAUGUAUAAAAAAACAGACGCGCAUGUUUGUUGAUGAUAAAAGUAAAUAGUGUUUCCCUACUUUCCUCUCUUUUUGGCCUUUUCCUAUUUCUUCUCUGCACGUAUCUUUGAAGACUUUCACAUGCAAGUUUUCCUUGUAAAUUCUACUUUUCAAUGUAUUGAAAAAAGAUUAUUAAUCAGUAGACAGAAGAGAGGAAAAGUAUUAAAAGAAGGGAAAAAUCUAAGGCUAUUAUAGCGCAUUGUGUAGGUUCGUUUAUUGAUCGAGAUAAGUUGGAAAUUUAUUCUACUUGUUUCUCGAUCAAGAAGAACGUGCUUGUGUCAUCGAUACAGCAUUUGUUGUAGCGAAAAGUUUUAUCAGUAACGUACAUGUUAAGCGUUUGUUUUACUUUGCCAAAGAAAAUUCGGAUUGGACAUCGUUUUCCAGAGUUCGAAAUAUAAUGUCUUCGACCUUUGGUUUAUCGAUGAUUCCGUACAUACUGAAUUUGUUACUACGCCAUAAUGGAUAAUUUAAUUCCUUUAAUAGCUGAGAAAUAGUAUCAAAGAAAAAGUAUUAGGAGGAUUAAAAAAAAUACGGAGUAUCCUCGAGAAGUUCAGAGAUGCGCGUAAUGCUAUCUUGGACCACGUUUAUGAGAUCUAUGGAAUCGGGUUAUAUCAAAGUAUUGAUAUUUCUGGUGAAACGUCUCUAUGCUUUUUCAGCUUUGUUAAGCCUUUGAAAAAACCUAUAUAAUACAUGACACGUAUUAUACAUGUACACAUAUAUACACAGACACACAAACGCGUACACAACAAAACAUGUAAGACAUAUUUCACCAAGUGCGUUCUGUAUCCAAUUUCAUUAUAAUCUCCCGUUUGUAUCUUAUCUCCACUGAGAAAGCCUUAAAACGCGUGCGCGUUACACAACGUCGACACCACUUUUGUUGAAAUAUAAAUGAAAGCACACAGAGAUAGGGAUGAGGGAUUAAAAAAGAAGUCAAGUCACAACAGUGAUUGGUGCAUUAUAUUUUCCUUCGCCCAGGGGUGCGUGCCAGUCUCGCAAGAUAAGCAGGAGAAACUGGUGUGGUUUUGUGAGAUUCGUAUGAUAAUGUUAAGUACUAAGAGAAAAGAACGAUCACCGAAAAGUGGAAACACAUGCGUGUCGGUGAUUCAGUCAUUAAUAUAUAUGUAAUAUAUAUUAUAUAUACAUAUAUAUGUAUAUAUGCACACAUAUAUACACAUAUAUGUGUAUAUGUAUAUAUAUAUAAAAACUAAUUUACGAAGAAAAAAGGAAGAAAAGAAGAAAUAAUUCCUCCACAGUCCUUUAUUAUUUAAUAUUGAAGUGAACAAAAUGAGAAGUACUUGUAUUUCUGGUGACCUAGAUCGCAUUGAUCAUAAAAAGACAAAAUAAAUGUACCCUCAUUUUUAGGUCACAACUACUCAAUUCGUUUCCUUCAUUAACCAAUGGACCUCUCGUUUCAGCCAUUUUUAUCUUCAUCGUCAUUUUCAAUGGCAUCUAGUAAUAGUUUGCCGACAAAAUGUAUGUGUAUAAUUCACUGUCAAGAUUCGCGUUAACAUAUCUACGAAGUUUCAUCGAUUCGGAAGCCUUUUAUAGAGAUAUUAAGGCAUACGAAUCGCAAAAGGAGAGCUCUUAAAACUAUUUUACUUCACUUGCGGUCGUUCUGAUAGUUGUUAUCGUUAUUGUGAACAUAAAGUUAAAAUUUAGUGAUUUACGGCGAAAAUGUUCUCACUUUGUAAAGAUGCAAAAAAAGAAAAGGAAAGAGGAAUCACGACAAAGUCCUUUUGUAAAUGGUGAUAUAGAAGUUAUUCAAAGAACAUCCCUAUUUAAAUGCUUAAACAAGUUAUUGCUCGUUUCAUCGAUCAUUGACGGUUAGUGUUUAAGUCUAAGUUAAAAGAAUAUAUUCCAAUAUUUAAUAUUAAUUUUAUAUUCGUGUCGCAAGUUAUACAUAGUCUAAACUAUAAUUUUAUGAAAGUUCUUUACAGCGGGCGCUAAGAACGAUAUUAAGUUUUAAAAAUGAAAAGAAAAAGCAAGUCAGUAUUGUAUCUCAAGAAUAACUAAAGCUUGAGAUCUAUUACAGAAUCAUAUUCUCGUUUUCUUCAAGGAUCGUUUCCCGAAACAUUUAUUCCUCGCAAAUAAAAUAGUGGAGAUUCUACUUCAGUCACUCUUGUUCUCAAUCUUUUGUCCGAAACUAUAUAAAAUAUUAAAAUGCGAUAUUUAUGAAACUCCGUCGUGACGUGAAUAAGAAGUUAUUUAUUUUUGAUGUUUAUCUUUGAAAAAUAAUUCCAAUAAAUGUAUUUAUUCAUUCGGCUAAAGAAAAAAUAUUCGCUAUAUGUUUUUUUCUCCUGUAUUUGAGAUUGUACAUUCAUAAUUUCUAUUUUAUGUGAGAUAUUUUCCGCCAUAUCAAAGGCAUACUUCACUUAUCGUGCAUGACGAAGCGACACAGUUUGUAUAAAGUGUUGAUAUUAAGUUAAUAAAUUGUUCCCAUACAUUAAAGUA